AUGGCUCAUCCCAUGGAUGACGUUAAUAGCAGUCAACGCGGCUGGAUACUGAUGUCUAGAAGUCUAGGACGUGCGCUUGAGGUGAAGGAUCUGGAAGGAGGAAGCGGGGAGUAUAUUAUGAUAAAUCUUGCCCGCUGGAUUGCAGAUAUUCGUCAAAAGCUUCCAGCAGCGACUUUCUUCGGCAAUAUGAAGGUUGAGAGUCAGGGACCGAAGUCCGAGCCGCCAGGUUAUUAUGCUCCCUUUGUACAAGAGAAGCUGGACAUCAAACUUGAUGGCCUUCUAAAUUACAACCAAUUUCCCAGUAUUACAAUCGGUUCAGCUCACGAAUAUCACGCUCUCCGCCUGCAGGACCGGCUAAUGAAACUCAACACAUCCGACGCCUUGGCCACGAAUCGUGCCCAAGUACAACCCAGUAUUGAAGAAUUCAUGGACCGAACUUUACCGAAGCUGUGCCACCGCUUCGCAACAACAGACGCUCGAUCAGUGUUCACGCACUACGAUCUCUCUCCCCGUAAUGUGCUCGUCAGUGGCUCGCCGCCCUCCGUUACAGGUCUCGUCGACUUCGAGUUCGCUGGCUUCUUUCCGCCCGAGGAGGAAUUUGCGAAUUUUGAAAUUAACAAUGAGGGCGAUUGGCCGGCGGAUGCUUAUCCUCUCGUGGGAGACGAGAUGAUACAGCGCUGUGAGGAGGCGAAGGCUGAUGUUUUCGAAUGCGUAAAAGGCCUACGGCAAUUGACUGACGAUGAGGCCACAGAUAUAUCAUCGAAUGGGUAG